AUGACAGGAAGAGGUCAUUAUUUUCAAGAUAAAAGAGAUCCUCUCUUAGAAGAAAUCAGCGGAGAAUUUUUGAAUGGAGUUCUUCAUGGUCGUGGAACUUGUUUUAAGAAAAUUCUGAGUCCUCAAAAUGUAACUACUGGACUUGUGAUAACAGUUGGAUAUUGUUGGAAUAGAGGAACUUUACAUCACGGGUUUGAGAUUAUAGUAGAUAGUAAUAAUAAUGUUCAAUCUAUCAAACAAUUCAAAUCAAAUUUCAAAUAUUCAUUUGAUCCACAUGCAGGUGACAUUUUCUUUGAAAAUGAUAAUGAUGUUCCAGUUUCAGUGACUACUAAUGGAGGCACAAAUGGAAAUGCACCAACAACUCCAACAAGUGGUAAAGUUCCACUUUUGAGUUUAUCUAAUAUUGGUAAUUCAAGUUCUGGUAGUUUGGAUGCCAUUUCUCCGAGAGUGAAUAAUUCACUAACUCCAAAUUCUUCAAGGUCACCAAGAACUCCAAGAAAUCACUUGAUAAAACCAGUUGGAAUCAACGAGGCCAAGAUUGAACAAAUUGAAUUUAUUGAAGUUGGAGAGCUGAAUCGUGUGAAAAAUGAUUUGGUGGAGAAACAAUCGGGUUUACUUCAUGCAUGGAAGGAAAAAUUGAAUAAUGUACAAGAAAAGAUUAAAAAUCUCACAAAACAAAAGGCAAAUUUGGAGAGUCAAUUGGCUGAAGUAACAGAGGAAUUAACCUAUUUCAGAAAUAAGGACACUGAAACUGAGCAAAGAUUAGAGCAAUACAUUUCCCAACAUAAGGAACUUUUCGAAGAAUAUGAACUUGUCACCAAUAAGAAGAUUAAAACAUUGGAAAGCACUAUUCAUGAGAUUAAUCAAGUUAAAGAAAUGGAAAUUGCAAAAAAGAAUUCAGAAAUGGAAGAAUUGAGACAAUCUCUCCACAACAAGAUUGAAAAUCUAGAUCGUGAAUGGAAUCAAAAGUACUCUGAUUUGGAAAAGGUCAAGACAACACAACAACCAACAGCUGCAGUCGAUGAAUCACCAACAAGCCUCUCUCCUGAAACAAAUCAAAUUUCAGCAAUACCAAAGAGGAGAUCAUCCAUAAUGAGACACAGAAGAUCAUUCUCCUCAAUGGACGUUCCACAAAUGCAAACAACAAGCGAGGGAGAUGAUUCGAGCUCAACUAGUAUUGGAUCAGUAUCUCCUGCCUCAAAUACCAAUAUUGGAACUCAGGUCAUUGGAGAAGAGUUUGAUAUCGAGUCAAGUCCACAUGCCACAACAACUUACAAAACUCUAAACAGCAACACUGCCAUCAAUACAAAUUACGAAACGGCUCAACAGAGAGAAAAUAAGAUUAUUGGACGACCUCGAUCAAAUUCACAAGACAAUUCCUCAGCAACUUCAUCCAUUGACAUUGUGAGAGGAACAGUCAAUAGUGCCCAGCUCAAUAUUCAAGAACGACCACCACAACCAAUCAUUGACAUUGCAGCUACAUCAUCUGAAAAAUCCACAACUGAAAAUUCAUCAUCUGAAAACACAACUGCAUCCUCAAAUGGAAAUUCCUCAAAUUCUACUCAAGAAUCAUCUCAAGCAACAGAGCAUUCUAAUGACAAUGAAAAUAAUUCAAUCAACUCGAAUGAAUCAAAUCAAAAUAUGCAAUUUGACAUUUCUCCACGUAUUUCCACAAGUGAAACCAAACAUUCAAUCAAAUCAACUUCUCUUGAGAAUUCUCCAAAAUCUUCUCAAACUUCUACGUGGGUUUCUGCUGAUAUUCUCUAUCAGAAAAUUAGAGAAAAUCUCAAAAAGACUUCCUCUCCAUCAGAAAAGGAAAGUUCUGGAAAACAAAUUUCAGAUUCCUUUGAUUGGCGACAAGUUUUGAAAAAGAAUAACAACCAUAAAUAAAUUAAUUGUAAAAUAGAUCAU